AGAAGAAGAAGAAGAAGAAGAAGAAGAAGAAGAAGAAGCAGCAGCAGCAGCAGCAGCAGCAGCAGCAGCAAUAAUUGGGUGCCAAGUUCUUCUGCAGCAAUAGGAGGAUUAAGAAGUAUCCACAACCAAGGGGUCUAAGAGGGCAACUACGUAACAAAUUACUUUUGAAUCUGCACCAGUUCCAAAACAUACAGUGACACAAUGAUAAUAUUGUACACCCAUGCAUUAAAUGUAUAAAAAACAAAGACGUCUCCGACCUGCACUGGGCAGGGUGGUGAGGCACCCCUGAGGACCAGAACUCACGUACAAUGGACUGUAUGGUGACAGGAGGCAACGUGAAAGUGCUGGCCACAUCCAUCCAUUCACUGUCCCGGAUCGGGGAGGAGCUGUACCUUGAGCCACAGGAAGAUGGGCUGGCUCUGCGCACGGUGAACUCGUCCCGCUCCGCAUAUGCCUGCUUCCUCUUUGGCCCACUCUUCUUCCAGAGGUACUCCUCCUCCAAGAGCUCCACCUUCCGUUGCAAGAUGGCUGUCAAGUGUGCACAAGCGGUGUUCAGAUCUCUCUCCUCUCUGGAGAAGACAGUGGAGAGGUGUCGUAUUCAGCUAAACUCAGAGAAGAGCCGGCUCACCUUCACCCUGCACUGCAAACACGGGCUGCUGAAGACACACAACCUGUCAUUCCAGGACUGUGAGAGUCUGCAGGCCGUGUUUGACAAGGAGAGUUGCGGCAAUAUACUAAGAGCACAGCCCAGGCUGCUUGUUGACACAGUGCUACACUUUCCCUCAUCCCUGGAAGAAGUGAGUGUGUCAGUGAGUGGUGAACAAGUGUGUUUCAGGAACCACGUGGAGGAGAAGGCAGAGCAGGGCAAGGCCAUGCUGACAGAGCUCAGUCUCACUGCUGAGGAGUUUGAGCAGUUUACAGUGGGCUGCCCUGCCUGCGUUACCUUCUGCCUGAAAGAGAUGAGGGGAUUGCUGAUGUUUGCAGAGUCCUCUGGUCUCCCUGUGUCUCUGUACUUUGAUGCACCAGGCAGGCCAGUAAUUCUGAGUUUGACUGAGAGUGUUCUGGAGGUGAACUUUGUGUUGGCUACAUUAUCAGAAGAUUCUCACCCCUGCAACGAUAACCGCAACAAGAGCACUGAAGGGCUCCAAAAUGCUGCCCCUCCUGACGACUUCAUGAACGAUGACAUUGACUCCUAUCUCAUUGCCAUGGAGACCAGUGAGCUGGCCCCUGGGGGACAUGGAUGUGUCCCGCCCCCUCCCCAGGAUGCCAACAUGGGCCAGCUCAGGGCCAGAGCGACCAGUGAGGGAGAGGAGGAGCAGUCAGAAGAAGAGAUGGGCAGGGCGCCCAAUAAAAAGUUCUGCUCCCUCUUCUUUGGUUCUGUGCUGCCCACUCCUUCCCAGGUGACUAAUCUGACGCUGCGGAGCCAGGAAGUUCUGGCUAGUGACAGCGAGAAUGAAGAGGAGGAUGCUACAUUGUUGUGAAGUCAUCGAGGACAGAAAGAGAUGGAGAGGAGAGGAAGGUGACCUUCCUCAAUACCAAGACCGUACUUUCAAGAACACAAGGGCAGUAAUAUGUAUUUGAGAUGCUAUUCUUGCUUGUGAUGUGCGGUUACACUGCAAAACAGGCAGUAACUCCGCUUGCCUUGCGCCCCUUUCCAACCGAAGCUUGUAAUUGGAUACCCAGUUUACCCAGCCAAUAAACUUUAGUGAGUACAGCAAAAUACAGAUAAAAUACAGACAAAACACAGAUAGAUUCAGCAAUUAUAACACAUAUUUCUCACCUCAUUUGAAUUAAAGCUUUUUCUUUAGUAUCUCAGUAUCUGUUUCUCAGUAUCUGUUCUUGUGGUUUCGAGAACUUAACAUUAUUUUUCUUGGCCCAAGUACAGUUCCAAUACUCGAGAACACACGCAACCAAGAAUGGAUAAAAUGCACAACUGUGUUCCUGAUCUGCCCUUUUAUCGAGAAAUUAGUUGAAAUAGUUUCAUUUUUAUCUAGUUUUAAAUAUAGCCACCGUGUAUAACUAAAGUGUAUUGACUUGGUUUGGCUAACUUGUAGGCAGUACUAGUCUCUGUAAUGCUGGGGUGCCUUCAACUGAUAAACGGAGUUAUGUGCUGCAGCAAAUGCUGGCUAGAUGUUAGCUGGUACUGAGAGAACUUUUUAAAUGAUCAAAACAGCUUGCCUAACGUAUUGCCGCUAGCUUGAUUCCAUCAUUACCCAAACCCCCUGUUGCAGUAGGUAGACUUCUGUGUGUAAAUAAAGCAAGUGUUACUUAAGCUAACUGCAUUAUCUAGCUAGAGGACAGUGGAUGAAAGAGAUGUGUUCACUUUCAUAUUCUAAGUAGGCUACAAUUUGUCUACAUGUCGUGAAUAGGCUUAAUGGCAGCACUCCUCUAUGGAAAAUGUCCUCAUUUUACUAUUUGUGUAGGCUACCCCAAACCAAUUAAAGCUACCUAGCAAAUAAAUUAGAUGCACUGGGCAGGGUAGUCUGGGAUGGUAGUGGUAGCGUAUCCGCAUGUCACAAGCAUGCAUUAGAUCUCAAAUCCAUAUAACAGCAUUCUAUGCUGUCCUUGUGUUUAUGCAAGACUGUUCCCAAGAACACAAGUACUUUGCUUGUGUUCUUGGUUUUGGUACAGGACUUAUUAUUUAAUAUGAUGUUUCACAAGUUCACAAGACCAUAAGUAAGAACCUUGAGAAACAAGGAGUUCUAGACAGGGACACAUGAAAAAGGAGUUUGCACUCUGCUUUUCUGACUCUGAGACAAGAUACCGCUCAGGGAAUAGCACUCAAAAACACACACACACAUACAUUCGCCCCUGCAUGCACACACAUACAUUCGCCCCUGCAUGCACACACAUACAUUCGCCCCUGCAUGCACACAUGCAUGCGCAUGUACUGGGAGGAAUGUGAUUUCAGCUUUAUUUUACUAUAGAGAUGACAUCCCAGAGUGAGGAGUAAUAGGAAAGAAAGUUAUAAUUUUGGAUAAUUUCUGCUAUUUUUAUAUUGCUGUCGGCAUGGAUUUCAAGUAACUUACAAACUCAAAUUAAAAGUUAUUUUCCAGAUAUCAUCUCUUAUCUACAUGAUGUGUCUUUUCAUCUAGUUUUCUCCCUCACUCACCCCCUCCCCCCUUGUUCCCUGCAUCUUUAGAAAUAUGUGUCCAAAAAAGGGGCAGAGUUUCUCUUGGAACCUGGUGUUUUAGAGCUUUUGUCUCCGGGGGGAGGAACAUCACACUUGGCACUGUGCGCAUGAAAACUCUUCCCCCUGGUCUGCGGCUUCUUCCUCUCUCUGUCCUUCUCGUUUUCCAUCUCCUUCUCUUUCUUCCUGGCCUUUUCCUCCUCCCUCUUUCUACGCUCUUGUUCCCUUCUUUUCUUCCUCCUUUCCUUGGAACUCAGGCCAUCCCCGGGCAUGCCCAGUCCCACCCCAUCACUGAAAUCUUGUAUAAGUAUGGUGGGCACUGUUAUUUUGGGUGAUGAUGCCUUCUUGUCCUUUCCACCCCCAUCUCCACCCCUCUUGUCUUUCUGGUGGUCUCCUCUCAGCAUACGGAAGAGGGCAAAGCGACGGGGGGGGUCAGUCUGAUUGGAUGCUGGAAGGGGGCUGCUCAUUAACUGGUGGGAGGGAUCAGAUGGGGGGCAUGGCUUGGUCUUGUCCUGAUUGGCGGGGUCAUAGGGCUUGCUGAUAUCCUGGGGGGUGUGGUCGGACAGGCAAUUAGUAGGUGUGGUAUCGGAGCCUGUGUAAUUCAGGUCCCUGAAUGUGUCCUGGGACAGCGUGCGGGAGCGUGAUGCUUUGCCACAAGGCGCGCGGCGUGGUCUGUACACCCCACUGCACUUUUCAUCACUGGGGCAGUGUUCCGCAGGGGGUGGCAUUUGGCCGGGCCCGCCCUGGUCUUUUGGAGAGAUGAGGUGGCCCCCUGGUAAUGUUGGAUCAGUCCCUGUGGGCUGGGUUUCUUCUUGAUCUACCACCCGCUCUGCCUGUCCUGCUUGAUCUGGGAGACGGAGCUCAGUCCCUGUGUCAUCUGGCAGGGUCUCGCUUUUUGGCCCUGCAGUGGCCCUGUGGGCGGAGCUAAAGGGGACAGCCUCUCUGAUGGACUGGGCUCUGGUGGGCAGCUGUGGAUCAGUCAUCAUGCACUGCUGUGAAUCUGACUCUUCAGCCUGAGCUAAUACUGGCAUUACAGGUGACUCCUCACCUUCAACUAAUACAAGUAUAACAGAUAACCUCUCCACCUGAUCAAAUAUAGGUGUAACUGGUAACCCUUCAGCCUGAUCUAAUAAAGAUGUAAUGGGCAAUUCCUCAACCUGAUCCAAUACUGAUGUAAUGGGUAACAUCUCCACCUGAUGUAAUACAGGUGUAACUGGUAACCCCUCCCUCAGAUCCAACACAGGUGAUCCCCCUCCCAGAUCUAACACAGGUGACCCCUCUCCCUGAUCUAACAAGGGUGACAUCACAAUCUGAAUUGCUGUUGGUGAUUCCUCUCCUUGAUCAAGUCCAGGUGUUCCAGGUGACCCUUCACACCCUGAGGGGGAGAGAUUUUGGUCUGCCCCCUCCCAGCCUGCCUCUGUCCCACUGUUGGGGGUUUGCUCCAUUUUGGGAUUCUUAGCCAACAGGGUGGGGCUGGGCAGGUUCGGCUUUUCAGCUUUGUCUUGCUGACGCAUACCCUGUCCUGUGAGGGAGCAUGUUGGGUCUCCUGCCGGACUGUGAUUGGCUGACUCCGGCAGGACACUGGAAUGUCCCCCUUGUAUUUCCGAAAUUCCAAUGUCCUCCAGCCGCUCUGAAACCUGCCCCCCACAGCGCCUACUGGAGUCCUGCUCACCCUUGGGGACAUUUCUCAGAGACCCCCUGUGUUUUACGUGGAACUGUUCAUAUAGUUCUACACUUUUUGGGCUGGAGAGGGCCAGUGGAACGGACCCCUGAGGUUCCUGAAUGCCCUGAUUCUGAUUGGACAUGAUUGUUUUGAUGCCGCAGUCUUCCCCAGCAUGUUCAGGCGCAGAGCCAAUUAGCAGCUUGCCUGUCCUGCCAAAUCUCUCUGCUGUUUCUUUGCUGCAGCCCAUGCCAUUCUUCUGCUCCAAGUUUCCCUGAGGGCUCUCGACUGUUUCAGCCCAUUCCAGGGGGCAGGCUGUUUCUGUUUCACUCUGUUGGGCCACGGAGCUGACACUGCUCAUGGUUCCAGGUUCUGUUGAUCUGCUAGGCCCUUCUGGGAAGUCUGUGUGCAUCUGACUGCUAAUGGCAGAACCCUCCUCAUCGCCUAACUCUGGGUUCAUCUCCGUUGAAUCAACCUUCCAGGUCGCUGGGCAGGGUCGCACCAAGGUGUGAGGAAUUGGUUUGGCAUGGGAUCCGCCCACUUGGCCCUGAGGCCAGUCUGCACAUGUCUGGCUGUGACCAGGAGUGGUGCUAGUGCUGUGUGGUUGUGUGGUGCUAUGUCGCAAUCCGUCUGUGUUUUGGGGCGGGUUUCCUGCCAUGCUAGUGAUUCGGCACUCUAAGGGAGUUCUGUGAGCGAGUAUAUCACUAUGCUGUACCUCCUCUUCUCUCUCACUCGUCCUGCAUCUUUCUCUCCCACUCCUCACAUCCAACUUCUCUACCUGCACUGCCUCUCCUGCCUUCCCCAGCUUCUCCUGCUUUUCUUCUCCUGCUCCAGCCUCUUCUCUUUCACCAGCUUCCACUCUGCUCCCUCUCUUCCACCUCUUCCUCAGUGAGGGAGAGAGGGAAGAGGGAGAGUGCAGGAGAGGAAGGGAGAGGUUUCCCUUCUCUCUCUCCGCCCUCUCCUGUUGCUCCUCGCUUUCCCGCCCUUUCAGCCAGGCUGCCCGGUAGCCGUGGCAACGGCAUCGAGGGUCAAAGGUUGAGGAUGGAUGCUCUUUCCUCCAUCUCUUCAGCUCUCUCUCUGUUUCCCUCUCCAGGUCCCUGCCAGUGAGAGGAACUGAGCACACCUAACAGGGGAGAGAGGGAGAGGAGAGAGGGCAAGAGGGUAGAAGAGAGAUAAGGAUAAAGGAAGAGGGAAAGGAGGUUGCAAUAAUGAGAGAAAAGGGAGGGAGGGAGAUGGAGACCAAGAAGAAUUUAUUGGCUGCCCAUCACAAAUGCAUCUCACAAGGUACAGCACCUGGUCUUACGCUAACUCUUACACUCUUAUGCCAACUCCUGUGCAAACUCUUAUGUGAUGGCCAUCAGCUGUAGCUAUGAGUGCAGUUAGCAUUAGUAGACCAAGUGAUGGGAAUGUGAGGCCCAGCCAAGGCCUGCAUUGUGAUAAUAUAGUUGCCAAGGUGCCCAUGCCUUGGGCGCGGCUUGACUCUCUUACCUCCUCGAUGAAGGAGUCAUCCUCCUGCGGAAGCUGGGCUUUUAUGCCACGUAGUCUCUCCAGGGUCUCCAUCUGGCCCUCACACUUUUCCCUCUGAUCCUGCCGCCCUAAGACCCUCCGUACCAGCACCACCGCCACUUGGAAAAGCACCCGCACACCUGCAGCAGAGGAGAUCAUUAGAGCAGUCUGAGGAUUUCACUGCAUAGCUAGUGCAGCCAGACGGUUUAAAUCACAUUUUUAGCACAACAGGAGUGUUUCACUGGAUGAGGCUUCCUGAGGAAUUUUACUGUACUGACCGUAGCAGAAGAACAGGUCCCACACUCUGAGCAGGGUGUUGAAAGGCAGGUGUCGGGUGUAGAGACACAUCAGCCAAUCGGUUGCGAACAUAAGCGGCUCUACGUCGUGUUUGUGCAGGUGCCUGUGUGCAGCGGGACACACCCUGCGCAGCACUCCAUUGAGCACGCCUGCGUCAAACAGUACGCCCUCCUGUGGAAGGAUCAGAUGGUUCAAAUUAAACCAGGGCUGGAUUCGAUUCUGCCUUAACACAUUCCCUUCCCUUGUGAUGUGCAGUAAGCAAACUUAACAGGUGCUCUGCAAGCAGGCCCGUUUUUAGGCAAAGGCAAAUGCCUAGGGUGCUGUCAGCCAGGAGGGGCACCAGGUCAAGCGAAGUUUACAGCAUUAACAGCCUAGCCUAUGUUUCUACAUACUAACAAUUUGGGAUUGACUCAUAGCCUGUCCUAGGUAGUUAAAUGUUACUAUGUAUUUUGUGCAGAACCCGACUAGGGAGCCGCAACACAAGUAUAAAAUAAGCACAUAUCAAGCACACCAGUCAGUCGCCCUCUUUUACAUAUUUCCUGUGCUGCAGCUGACCAGCACUUUUCAGCUUCAAUAAUGGUUCUUAAAAGGAGCUGUGCAACUGCCUGCAAAUCACCUAAUGGCGAUGUAGCUUCUAGUCUUUAAAGGGCUAGAAUAUGCUUUAUUAACAAAACAUUUGUAAUUAAUGUAUGUAUUGUGUGAUCAUUUUGAAAAUAUAAGAUAUUUUCCUUGCAGUAAAGGUGAUGGAAUGCUGCCUUUUUGUGGAAAGGUGCUUGUACAAUUAUGAUGUCAAGUAAAGACAAGUUCCAUUUGGAGCAAUAAUGAUCACAUCUUUUUUAACAUCUAUUAAUCGUUCAACCAAUUUCAUUAAGGUGGAUGCAAAGAAACAAUCGGAUUAGUGUUGUAAAUAUUGUGUCAUGCAUAGAUGUCGUCGGCUUCAGGUGUUUCCACAAAGCACAGGUGAAGCAGUUGUGUUACAAAAUGGGGAGUAGAUGGGAUCAUUGACCUAUUUUUAGGAAGCUAAAAUUCCAUAGAGUUGAAUGCAUGCUUUCCUUAUGGCUUAAGAGUGGGUUCACUUGCAGCAAAUUGGUGAAAAGGAACAUUUGGCUAUUUUGUUACACUUCAGCCCACAUAAAAAUUAACCGCGACACUUACCUAAUUUCACCAGACCUGGGUCAAAUAUCUAUUUACAAUAUUUCAUGGGAUUAAAUGUUUUUUUUGUCUUAUUUGGGUACAAAUAAAUAUUUACAAAUA